UUCCGGAAGCGCGAUACAGGAGCGUGCAAAGCGCGAGAACGCUGAGCGGAUGACGUCAGCGCGUUUAAGUUUGCGCGGGACUUGACUCGCUCUUCGGAGUUACAGCGAAACGGUAAAUAGACUAAUAAUAUAGUAACAUAGGCUAAUUAUUUCAUCAUGGCCCAGUAAACCAAGAUUAAUUUAUUUUUCAGAGUUGGACGCAUUAUAUGUUGGAAUAUUUCACAGAUGGGAAAUUGUUUUGCGUUGCUGUUUUGACAGAUAGUUUGCUAGCUAGCCCGGGUGACGAUAAACAGGGGUCUGUGCAAACGCCGGGUCGCUAACAUUCCCGACUGGAUAUCGUCUCCUGUCGUUCUCACGCCGUAGUUCUGACGGCUGCAGCAUGACCAAGAGGAACUCUUUCCUACGCUCCGUCAGCCGGGAGCAUCUGCCCGACUUCCUAGGCUUCAUUCGGCAGCAUGCGGACCGCACUGACCCAUUCGACUUGGAGGAGGUGCUGCAGGAAAUGCCCCGGGACCAGCGGAGGGCGCUGUGGGAGAACCUGACAGCUCUCUUAGCUGAGACGCUGCUGGCGUACCCCGUGGAGCGAUGGGACGGGGGCAUGGCUAGCGACAGCGAGGACGAGAUGGAGGUGGAGGUUUCCCUUGACCUGAAGUCCACGAUGUCGGUGAUUGAGGGCGUCACUGCCGUGGCCUCUGCAUCCGUGGCGGUCAUCCAGGAGGACGACGCGUACUCAGCCUUGCUGGAAUGCACCAACAUCUUAAACGGCAUCAGGGCUGCCCUGCCGGCCUCGGAGGUCCCCCUGCUGCUGGCCGUGGGGCGGCUGUGUGAGGCCUGGUGGCGGGCCGGCCUGGAGGGCCGGGAGCCCCUGGGUCUCUCGGCCUUCCUGCAGUGCCUGGAGAGGACGCUGGUGCUGAAGAACCCCGGCCCAGAAAUCCAGCACCUUUGGAGUCUGCACGCCGUGCUGCAGGGCGUCCCCUUCCAGGCGGAGCACAGCCAGGAGCUGACGGACCUCCUGCUCCAGUGCUUCAUGAGCGUGGCCCACAUCAGGCGUGAAGAGGGGAGACGCUUUCUGACUUUCCUCUUCAGCUGGGACGUCAGCUUCAUACGAAUGAUUCACGGGACCAUCAAAAACCAGCUUCAGUUCUUCCCCAAGUCCAUCACGGAUAACGUGGCUGACAUGUACUUUCGAGCCUGGAAGGCAGCUUCCGGAAUCGUCUUGCAGGAAAUUGAAACCACUUGUAUUCAAGACUUCAUGCAGCAUGCGGUUCUCCUGCGCCGGAGCUCGCCCGUCCAUGCCAAAGUCCGGCAGAUCCUCAGCUACUUUCACAAGCAGAAGCUGCGUCAGGGAGUGGAUGAGAUGCUGUGGCGACUCUAUAAGCCCAUCCUGUGGAGAGGACUCAAGGCGACGAACUCUGAGGUGCGUGCUAAUGCCGCCCUGCUGUUCACAGAAGCCUUCCCCAUCCAGGAUCCUGGGCUGAGCAGUGAGAAGCUAGAUGAGGCUGUUCAGAAGCAGCUGGACAUGCUGUUUGCCCUCCUGGAGGACCCUCACCCCAUGGUCCGAUCCACAGCUGUGCUGGGAGUGUGCAAAAUUGUGGCCAAGUACUGGGAGGUCAUCCCACCCUCCAUCCUCGCUGACUUCCUAAAGAAGCUAGUGACGGAACUGGCCGCUGACAUCAACUCCACCGACGUGCGGUGCUCCGUCUUCAAGUGCAUGACUCUCAUCCUGGACAACAACCUGAGCCACCCGCUCUUGGAGCAGCUGCUCCCGGCCCUGAAGAACAGUCUCCAUGACAACUCGGAGAAGGUACGCGUGGCCUUCGUGGACCUGCUGCUGAAGAUCAAAGCAGUGAAGGCGGCCAAGUUCUGGAAGGUGUGCUCCAUGGAGCACCUGCUGGCCCGGCUGGAGGUCGACUCACAGCCCGUCUCCCGCCGCAUCGUCGGGCUCCUCUUCAACUCCUUCAUGCCCGUGGACCAGCCCGAGGUGGUUUGGUGUGAACGCUGCGUCACGCUCAUCCAGAUGAAUCCUGUGGCGGCUAGGAAGUUUUACCAGUACGCCCACAUAUACACAGCACCAACCAACAUCGCCAAGCUGAUGCUAAUGAUUCGUCGGUGCCUGAACGCCUGCAUCCAGAAGGGUGAAGGCGAUGACAUGAACGAGACAGCUGCCAGCAACAAGGAGAACUGUACCGUACUGGAGGAUGUGCUCUCCUCCCAGGACACAGCCACUAUGGCCAGCCUGCUGGAGGUGGUGGUGAUCCUGUGGAGGAGCAUCCGCAAGUCGCUGGAGCUGAACCAGGAGGCGGCGCAGUACACCACUUGCAAGUUUGCCCAGGUUCUGCCGGAGUACUUUCGUGUCUUUCAGGACGAACGCUGUACGGCCCCCCUGAUCCUCAUCGCUUCCUUCAUGCCGGCUGCGGCCGUACCCACCUUCAGCUGUGGUGUGCUCUCCAAACUUCGGCGGCUGGAGCUGGGGGCCCAGGUUUCCCAAUACGGCGCCCUCAUCGACUGCCUCUGCAGCUGGGGACAGGCUGGGCAUGUCACGGAGCUCAUCACCGACUGGCUGACCGAGGCCCUGCCCCAAAAGACGAACAAGCAAGGCUCCGAGCGGCGGGUCCGCAUCCAGGAGGCGGUGGAUGCCAAGCCAGACCUGGGCCUGGACUUUCUGGUGUACUUCAUGUCCAGCAGGUCCAGACAGGCCCACUUGUUGGGAAUUCAGCAGAACCACCUCAGGCAGCUGCUGAAAUCUCUCUGGGCCUGGAAGUCUGAGCUGUACGCCAGCCUGGGAUUGACGGAGGCGGAGCCUGGCGUGUCCCGGGGGGGGGCCGCCCUCAGGGCGUUCACCAUACAUGGCCGGCUGAGUGCCCUCCUUCAGAACAAAUUCCCAGAGGGGCGGCCCUUCCUCCAGGGCCUGGAGCAUUCAAUAGCCUGGGUAGCUGAACGGGUUCUUCCCUUCCUGGCAGCCCCCAGUCCCCAGCAGCAGGCCCUGGCUAAGCAGGUCGUUGAGGCCUGUCUGACAGUGUGCCGGGAUGUGACCAUGGUGGGUCUCGCGGACGAGGAUUUCAGAAGGCAGGUGCUGCACCUGUGUUCCGUCCUCCUCAUGUCGGAGGGAGGCCAACAGUGCAUCGUGUCGCUCCUGGCUCUGCUGAGGGAGGUGGCCCUGGAGUGCCUGGCCCAGAGCUCCCGUGCCCGUAGCCAGCAGCUGGACCAGCUGCUCGGUGUUGUGGCCAACAUCUUCCAGAAGGUUCUGGAAGUCAUGGCUCGCAAGCUGCGCAAGCAGCCGGACGAUGGCCUGCAGCUGUGUCAGGAGACCGCGGCUCACCUUGGCGAGUUCCUCGGCACCGUCCAAGACUGGAAGGACGUGAACCUAGAGGCUGUCGGCGGCGUGUUCUCCACCGUCUUCGCUGCGGUGAUCGUGGAGGUCCGCCACUCGCUUCUCAAGGCCUCCUGCCCGGAGGAGUUGGUGGCCCCCGAGACCAUCCAGGACCUGCCGCCGCUCUCCGCCUGCUUGCUUGAGACCAUCCUCAAGGCCCCCAAGGUCACCAGGUCUUUGCUGAGUGAAACGGCCACGUCCAUCGAAUCGGGGGCCAUCGAGGAUGUCACUGGGCUGGCUGCUGUCCUACAUAUUUUGGCAGUGGUGGGACAUUCCGGCCGAUUCAAGGCAGAGCUCAAAAGCAUCGCUGUCACCAUCCAGCAUCAGCUCCAUAAACACCACGCCGUCACAGCCGAGGACAGCGGGAGCCCAGCCAGAAUCAUUUAUGAGUCGGCUGUGAAGAAUUUGAACGCGGUGUUGAUGGUGUGACAGCAUGGCGUUUUCCAGACCAGCUGGGGCUCCUGUCUUUGCAACACUGGAGCCCACAUGUAACGCAGAAGCGUGUGUGCGUCAGUGUGACACUUCUGUCACUCCAACUUUUUCAUCCCCUCCCCCCUCCCAGCAAGUGUCACAUGUAAAUUUGUAUAUAGCUAUAUCUGCUUUUUUCUGGUGUUGUACACGCAAGUGCAUGAACUAAAAAAAUUUAUAUUUUAAUUGCCAGUGUAUCUUUGUAUAACUGCUUUGCUAACUGUAUCCUGAUGUUGAAGCUGGUGUUUCCCCCCCCCCCCCCACCAUGUCCAUGACACCAGGCACAGCAGCAGGGCAGGCAAUGGCCUGGGGGCCUGAGCUGGGAGGGGGCCCCUGUGGGUGGCCGAUUACAUAGCACAAUGCAGUGACAAAU